UCGAGGAAAUUCGGACAAUUCCUGUUCAUCUGUUAUUUUCAUAACGUACAUGAUAUUGUGUAAUGAUAUGGAACACACGAGAAAAGUUGAAAUGUCAACUUUCGAUUUCAGAGAGUAGAAGUGAUCCAAGCUUUUUACGAAACUAAUGCCCAUUGCAGCAGAUUCGUGUUCACGAUAGGUAUUUUUUCCCCUUUAGUUUCGGUAUUGUGUUUACAAUUUCAUGCUUUGUAACCUAUGAAUAACUGACAGAAGGCUCUAUAACAUACCUUUGAAUCCAAUAGAAAUAUUGUUGGUGAUGUACUAGCAGAAGCCGAGGGAUGACGGGGUUUUUUGGAUGGGGUCGUAGUCGUGAUGGACAGCUGUCUAUAGGGGUCACGGAUGAGGAGAGAGUGCUCUCCCCAAAGGAGAUCCCUAGUCUCCAGAAGCUGAACAUUAAAGAGAUCAGCUGUGGAGAGAAGCACACACUGAUUGUCACCAAGGGAGGGGAGCUACACUCAUGUGGAAGUAACGAUCAUGGGGAACUGGGACACAGUAAACCAAGGUCAAGGGCAGAGUUGGUGAGUGGGCUGAGCAGUAUGCAGGUGACACAGGCCCGGACAGGAGCAGGGUACAGCCUGGUCAUCACAACGGCUGGAGAAGUGUUCAGCUGGGGGCGAAAUGACGUGGGGCAGCUGGGGAGAGGAAAACUGUCCAAGGAGGAGCAGACAAAACCAAAGUUGGUGAAGACCCUAGCCAUGUUCUCUGUCGUCCAGAUUGCCUGUGGUACUAGUCACAGUUUGGCCCUCACUGAUGAUGGUCGUUUGUUUUCAUGGGGUUGCAAUAGAUAUGGACAAUUAGGACUGGGUAGUUCCUAUGCAUAUAUGGACACACCCCAGCAGAUUGCGUGUCUGAAGGGAAUACCCAUCGCCCAGAUAGCUGUGGGAGGGAACCACAGUUUCAUUCUGUCAUGUUCUAGGGCAGUGUUUGGAUGGGGUCAAAACAGCUUUGGACAACUUGGUUUAAAUGAUCAAUUAGACAAGAGUCAUCCUACUUUAUGCAAGUCCCUAAGAAACCAGAAAGUGCAGUACAUAGCGUGUGGGGAGAAUCACACUGUCUCACUGACCAAGGAAGGAGGGGUUUUUACAUUUGGAGCUGGGAGCUUUGGACAGUUAGGCCACAAUUCUCUGCAGGAUGAGAUCUUGCCAAAACGAGUGGUGGAGCUGAUGGGGAGUGUGAUUUCUCAGGUUGUCUGUGGAAGACGGCACACUAUAGCGUAUUCUCUGUCAAGCGGCAAGAUGUACGGCUUUGGUGUGGGAGAAGGGGGACAGCUUGGACUCGGGGACACUAUGACUCGUAACUCUCCAUUUCCUAUCCUGAGUCAUUUCCUGCCCAGUUCCGGGCGUCGUUCCUCCCAAGUCAUGGAUCACGAUGGAACCUUGUACAUGGUGAAACAUUUGUACGGGGGUGGAGACCAUUGUUUCCUUCUAGCCAACACAGCAGAGGCGGGAGGAGAAGCAGAUGAUUUUAGGAAGACUGACCCCAGUACACAGAUAACAACCCUCACAGCCGACAAGAGUGACAAAAUUCGCAAACUGCAGCCUGAUGUCAUCACUCCAUCAGAACUUGUCGAUGAUGUUCUGAAGAUUUUCUCAAGUUCUGCAUGUUUGAAUGCAUCAUUUCUACUGAAAAAUGAUGACCAUUUUGGCUGCAGCAGUAGAAACUGUGGUCUUGACAUGGACGAAGUCCGAAAGCUGAUGAAUCGAAUCGCUGAUGCUAAAAACGUGAACAUUGUUCAGCAGAUUACUGAAAGUAUAGAGAACAAUCUUCUACGGUCACUCCCCCCUUCACCGCCUGAUGUUGAGGCUCUCAGAGUUUACCUCAUUCUCCCAGAAUUCCAUCUGUUUGAAGAACCCAAGUUCUUCUCCUCUCUGAUUGGUCCUUUUGGAAAAUGUAUAGUUAGCUUAGAAAAGGCAGCAGCACGAGUAUUAGAUUUAUGGUGGGGCUCCUUGAAACCAAGAUUUUUUAAAAGGAUUUUAGAAAUAUACAAGAAAACAGCGUUGUGGAUUCUUCAACUUCCGAACCUCAAUGCUGCUAGCAAUAUGGAAAUGAUGAUCCGGUUUGAAAGUUUAAAGCAUUCAUUAGAGGUUUUGAAGAAAUUAAACAGUGUUAAUGAAUCCAAUGGACAGAUCGUUCCCUACUAUAACUUUUACAUACCAGAAGUCAUGGAAAAGAUAGACAUCCGGAAGGACUAUGUAAACUGGGUUCACAGAGGCAAAAUCCUACCCUCACCUCAGCUUCAUUUCUGUGACUACCCCUUCAUUUUUGAUGCAGCAGCUAAAAGUGUCCUUCUCCAGACAGAUGCCUGUAUGCAGAUGCAGACAGCCUAUGAAGAGGUACAGAGACGGAAUUUCCAGAAUCUGUUUCUUCCAAUUGAUCCGAUAAAUCCAAUGUUAGUAUUACACGUAACCAGACACAAUAUCGUUACGGACACACUUCACCAAUUGUCUCGCCAAGGACCGGCUGAUCUCAAGAAACCUCUCAAGGUGAUAUUUUUAGGAGAGGAAGCAGUUGAUGAAGGCGGAGUUCGAAAGGAGUUCUUUUUGCUUCUGAUGAAAGAAAUCCUCGAUCCAAAGUAUGGAAUGUUCAAAUUCUUUGAAGAAUCAAGACUGCAAUGGUUUAACCCUACAUCUUUUGAGGACAAACAGAUGUUUCACCUGAUUGGGGCAGUGUGUGGGCUGGCUAUAUACAACUCCACCAUCAUUGGCCUCAGCUUUCCUCUGGCACUCUACAAAAAAUUACUCAAUAGGAAGACGACUUUGGAUGACCUUAUGGAAUUGAUGCCCGCAGUAGGGAGGGGUAUGCAUGACCUGCUUGAUUAUGAAGAAGAUGAUAUAGAGGAUGUGUUCUGUUUAACCUUUGAGAUUACAGUGGACAGCUUUGGGGAAAUUAAACAGAUUCCUCUCAUGGAGGGGGGAUCAGAGAAACAAGUGACCAAAGAAAAUAGACAGGAGUACAUUGAUGCCUAUGUGGACUAUAUCUUCAACAAGUCGGUAGAGGAUCAUUUCAGAGAAUUCAGUAAUGGAUUCCACAAAGUCUGUGGUGGAAGAGUCCUGGAACUGUUUCAUCCACAAGAACUACAGACCAUGGUUAUAGGGAAUGAGAACUAUGAUUUCCAUGAAUUUGAAGCGAAUGCAGAAUAUAAAGGAGAAUAUUACAGACAACAUCCAACUAUCCGACAUUUCUGGGAGGUCUUCCACGAAUUACCCAUACAGCUCAAAAAGAGGUUUCUAUUGUUUCUGACUGGAAGUGACCGGAUCCCUAUUUUGGGAAUGAAAGCUGUCAAAAUGAUCAUCCAGCCCACUCAUGGUGGGAAUAACUACCUCCCGGUGGCCCACACGUGUUUCAAUCUUUUAGACCUCCCUAAAUAUCAGGACCUCCAGACCAUGAAGGAAAAACUGUGUUUGGCCAUAGAGCAGACGGAAGGAUUUGGCAUAGUGUAGGUUCUAGAUGGAGAGAUCUGGAUCUGGGAAUGAGGAAUUCAGUGCAUGGUUUUGGGGUCCAGUGACAAUGCAUUACUUGUGAAAUAUUGGAGCCCUCGACCCGCGUUAUGCAAAUUCUUCUUUCUGGUGGUUUUCACAUUCUCUUUGUGUUCCUGAUCUGAAAUGCGUACAUGGGGAUUUACCUUGUUGUGGAAAAUUUUAUAAACAGCCUACCUGUUUUUUAAAUGAAUAGUAUUGCUGCAAUUAUAUGUAUCAAGUAUUAUGUACUGAAAAUAUGAACAGCAUUGUGAUUUUCCUGUUACAUUGGAUUUUGUUGUAACAUUUGUUUAUCAAUUGUACUUGUGUUCUCUCCUUAGGAGAGAAGAGCUCAUUGUAGCAAGCUUCUUUACAGGACAGAAGAGCUUGUAUUAGCAAGCUUACUUACUGGACAGAAAAGCUCAUUUUAGCAAGCUUCUUUACAGGAGAGAAGAGCUCUAUUUAAUAGCGAGCUUAUUCACAGGAAAGUUAUGAGAAGGUUGUUUGGUAUGUCUGUGAUGGUUGGACUUUGAUUGCUGUUCAUAACGCAAGUCUUAAGCAAUAUUUGCACUUUCAAAUUUUAUGACCCAUUUCUCUGUUUUUAUGAUUACCCGUACUGUACAUGUAUUCUCUAAGUUAUUUAUUUCAUUACAGUGAAACUUGCCUAAAGUGGAUGUUUUAUAAUUCAAAAUGUUGUGUAAACUACUCACAUAUUUUGGCACAGAACUUUGAAUUCUAUUUAUAAAAGACAAAUAAAAUCCCUUCUUUAUUUUGGAUGUUAUCUACUCUGAAGAUUGAUCCAAUUCUGAUUGUGUCUGUAUUAGACAGGUUUUGAUUGGUCUGAUUCUGAGUGUGUUUGGAUUAGACAGGUUUUGAUUGGUCUGAUUCUGAGUGUCUGGAUUAGGCAGGUUUGAUUGGUCUGAUUCUGAGUAUGUCUGAAUUUGGCAGGAUUUUUGAUUGGUCUAAUUCCGAGUAUGUCUGAAUUAGGCAGGAUUUUUUAUUGGUCUAAUUCUGAGUGUGUUUUGAUUAGGCAGGUUUCACUGUAACAAUUUCCUUAGAACAGCUAUUGGCUGACGUGUAUUGUAACAUAUCAAAAGCACUUUUAACACAUGGUUGUCACUAUACUUUACAAGUUUCAUCAGUCUCUACAGGAUAAUUUAGUUUACACUUGAUACUGGUUGUGUACUUGUGGUACCCUGAUACAGUUGAACUUCGAUAUCUAGAACACUGAUACCUCAAAUACCAUGGAUAUGUCGAAGUGAUUCAGAAGUCCCAACCACUUAUUCUUUAAGUAUUUUACCCUUGAUAUGUUGAAUCCUUGGAUAAUUUCUUGGUCCCAUUGGGUUCGAGAUAACGGGGGGAAGGGGUACUCUAGCAAUUUUCAAACCAUGUACCAAAUUAAGAGAAAUGAUAAUAAACAAAUGAAUUCUCUGAAAAUCCUAUUUAUUGGUAAGUGUUUAUAUUGAGCAUCACCUGAAAUAUUUUAAUAUUUGAUUGAUUCAUUGAAUUUUUUUAAAGCAACAUUUUCAAUAAUAAAAAGAUAAUAAUAUACUAGAUGACCAUUUCAUUGAUCUGAGGAAGUCUAUUUUUAUCCAUUAUAUAGUGCACCCCGCGGGGGGUAUUAGUAUCGAAAGGACAAUUCUAGUUGGGCUAAGAUUAAAACAAGUCACAAGUCUUAGCGGAAAAUAAAUGAUUUACUUUCAUUAACUGUUCUUUUGAAACUUGUAUGCAAUUUGAUGAAGUGAUGUUGAUUAACCAUGCUUUCUCUCUAUAAAUGGAGGUUGAUAUUAAACAGGGUGUAAAUACCUCUGUAGUGAUAUUCAAACAUAUGCAUGUGUUAAAGUUUUCUUACAGCAGAAAAUUAUAAAACUUGACCAUGUAUUGAAUUUCAAAGUGACUAGAGUACAUUUUUGUGGAAUUUAUUUUUUCCUAAUAAACAUGAAGUAAAUAAAAUAUCAUUAAAUUUGUA